GGCCUGAACCAUGGGCUGUUUCUUCUCCAAGAGGCGGAAGGCUGAGAAGGAGUCGCGGCCCGAGAACGAGGAGGAGCAGCCGAAGCAGUACAGCUGGGACCAACGUGAGAAGGUUGAUCCGAAAGACUACAUGUUCAGUGGAUUGAAGGAUGAAACAGUAGGUCGCUUACCUGGGAAAGUGGCAGGACAACAAUUUCUCAUUCAAGACUGUGAGAACUGUAACAUCUAUAUUUUUGACCAUUCUGCUACAGUUACCAUUGAUGACUGUACUAACUGCAUAAUUUUUUUGGGACCUGUGAAAGGCAGUGUGUUUUUCCGGAAUUGCAGAGAUUGCAAGUGCACAUUAGCCUGCCAACAAUUUCGUGUGCGGGACUGUAGAAAGCUGGAAGUCUUUUUGUGCUGUGCCACUCAACCCAUUAUUGAAUCUUCCACAAAUAUCAAGUUUGGUUGUUUUCAGUGGUACUACCCGGAAUUAGCUUUUCAGUUUAAAGAUGCAGGGCUAAGUAUCUUCAAUAAUACAUGGAGUAACGUUCAUGACUUUACACCUGUGUCAGGAGAGCUCAACUGGAGCCUUCUUCCUGAAGAUGCUGUGGUUCAAGACUAUGUUCCUGUACCUACUACUGAAGAACUCAAAGCUGUCCGUGUUUCCACAGAAGCCAGUAGAAGUAUCGUUCCAAUAUCCCGGGGUCAGAGACAGAAGAGCAAUGAUGAAUCAUGCUUAGUGGUGUUAUUUGCUGGUGAUUAUACUAUUGCAAAUGCCAGGAAACUAAUCGACGAGAUGGAUGGUAAAGGCUUUUUCCUAGUUCAGACAAAGGAAGUGACCAUGAAAGGAAGUGACCAUGGAGCUGAGGAUGCUCAAAGGGUUUUUCGGGAAAAGGCACCUGACUUCCUUCCUCUUCUGAACAAAGGUCCUGUUAUCGGCUUGGAGUUUAAUGGAGAUGGUGUCGUAGAAGGAUGUCAACUUAUUGUAAAUGAAAUAUUCAGUGGGACCAAGAUGUUUGUAUCGGAAAGGAAGGAGACAGCACCUGAAGAUGUAGACAGCUUCUACAACUUUGCUGAUAUACAGAUGGGAAUAUGAAGUUCAGUGUGGAACCAAGGACUUGGUAUUGAGCCAUUUCCAACUUGUGUAUAUAGGAUUUGAUAAUUUACUUUUGUGUGUUCACAAAUGGUUUUUACUAAUGCUAAAAUUGUUAAAGUUUAUUUUUAAAUAAAUUGUUGAAUACUGCAUCAAUUCCUUGAGGUUCAAAAACAGUUCAUUUAAGUUAGGUAGUUUUAAUCAGCUUUUAAAAAAUGAAUCCACUUGAAUAUGAUUGCAGGGUUUCUUUGUUUUUCCUGUGUAGGAUACUUUUUCUUCUACUUUUUUUUUAAAUUUCAAAACGGGGUCUUGCUCUGUCACUGUUCUCCUGCUUUAGCCUCCCAAGAAGCUGGAACAUGUCUACCUUUUUAAGGUGCGUGUGGGAGGAAAUCAAACCUGAGCCUCCCAUAUGACUUCAGCCUGCUAGCAGCAGCAUCUUACCAGCAUGUACCACUGCAGCUGGGCUAUGAUACGCUUACUAAAAAAUAAAAGUAGCUAACAGUCCAUGGUUUUAAUCUUAAUGAAAUGUUCUUUCAAAUUUCUAUUAAAACUUUAUACUUUCUUCAGUGUUCCAAGAUGUUUUUUGAAAAGACAUUACAUUGCUUAUCUUUUUUUUUAAGUUAGAGGGAUUUGUUACUAGUUGAUCAAUUAGAAUGAACAUAUGCACAUUUUUUGAUGUCUAUAUAUCCAGUUAAAUAAUUCCUUCCUAGUUGCAUUAUAUUUGCAAAUGAGACUUUGUACAUGGAGUUGACUUAAUAUUUUAUAAAUUGAAUUUUUUAAUGAAAUAUAGGCAGCUUUGCAAGUAACUCUACUAACCAAUGUUGGUAUAGCUAUUUAAAAACUACUUUGUAAGUAGUAUGACUGUUUGAAUAAAUUCUACAUUUUUUUAGAUUUUUAAUACAACUGCUAAAUGAUUCUCCUGCUUCCUGGUAAGAAAACAUAUGUGCAACUAUAAAGCUAUGAAAGCCCAAUCACCAGCAGUUUUUGAGAAAGUGAUUAUUGUUUUACCAACUCUUAUGGACUGUCUAGAGAAUUAGAACAAAACCUUGUGACUUGUAGGUAAGAAAUACUUAGGUGUGAUGAUAAGGUAUGCAAAUUAUUUAAACGCUUGAUAAAUUGAUUUUCAUUAGAUAUGCUGUUCAUCAAGUAAUCUUCAAUAUGAUAACAUUUUGGUUGCUUUAAAGCAUUAUUUCUCAAAUCUGCCUAACUAUAAUAAUUUACCAAGAGCAGGUAAGAGCUACUUCUUCAGAAAUCUAAAUUGUUGGACCCUGCCUUCAGAUGAACAGAUCCUGUCUUCAGGGGUAAACUCUGUUUUUAGGAGUACAUCAUAAUGUAAUCAGUUCCAAAGGUACUGACAGAUCACUCUUGUGAGAAGGUAUUGAACCUGCCAUCCACAUUUACAUAUGGCAGCUAAUAGGAAAUCAGUUUUCAUAGGUCACUUUUUUUAAAGGUUUUUUCCAUGAGACUCAUGAGCUUGCCAGAGAGGAUAGAGAUAGAAAGAAAGUGCGAAAUCACCC